CGGCACCAAAACGUAACAAUGUUAGCAAUGUUGUUUGCUUUGAUAAUUCUGAGAGCAGCAUUUCCGAUUGAGACCAAAAAGGAUCCUUCUUUGUUGUCUGUGCAGACAGCAGAGCUUGGAGAUACUGUAACUCUACAGAGUGCAGCUUUACAAACAGUAACAUGUAACAUAUAUUGGUAUUGGUAUAAGCAAUCUCUGGGAUUUGUGCCUCAAACAGUCGCUUCUAAAGUGAAUGAUUCAGUGACAGUAUAUCCCCCUUUCAAUUCAAGGUUCACAGUGGACAAAGGGGUUUAUGCCUUUAAUCUUAAAAUCAGAUCCAUAACUAAAGAUGAUGAAGCAAUCUAUUUUUGUCAAGAAGGUUUAUCUAACAGUUGGAGUGGCACAUUUGUAUCAGUCAAAGAUCCCAACGAACAGAGGUUUGUCUCCCAGACUGUGGUCCAACAGCCUGUGUCGGCAUCAGCUCAGCUGGGAGACCCUGUGGCUCUCCAGUGCUCUAUUACCUCCCAGAGGACGGACCACAUUAACCAGUGCCAAGGGGAACCCAGUGUGUACUGGUUCAGAUCAGGACCAUCUCACCCUGCUGCCAUUUACAUGAAUGGAAACAGGAGUGGUGAAUGUCAGAAUAGUUUUGGGCCUCCGUCUGCUCCACAGAGCUGUGUCUACACUCUCCCCAAGAACAAUGUAGACUCCUCUGAUGCUGGGACUUACUACUGUGCCCUGGCAGCAUGCGGGGAAGUUGUGUUUGGAAAUGGAACUAAACUGGACCUAACAGAAACCUACCAUCAUCUGGUUACCGUGGUGCUUGGAAUACUGUUGGCUUGCUGUCUGGUUGGGAAUAUAAUCAAAUUCAUAACCAGAAAUAAAAAGCAAGUUUGGGAGCAUUGCAAAGGAACACUGAGUUCCUCUGACCAUGUUGCAACUGACUCAGUGAUUCAGGAACAACAGGACAGGGAAACGGAUUCCUUGAAUUACGCAGCUUUGGAUUUCCCUGGCAGGAAAACCAAAAAGGGGAAAAAGAACAGUGAACGGACUGAGGAGAGUCUGUAUUCUGAUGUGAGAGAAACGCGACACUGAAGUCCAUCAACCAGGGAGUAUGUGUCCCCUCAUGAGGCUAAAAGAAUGAAUUGGUACUGCCAUGUUCUGACGCAGUUUGGAUUGAUGAAUUUGAAUGCUAUGGUUGUUGGCGGAAAUAAUCUGGACCGUUUUAUUGUUAUGGAUGUAUGUAGAUUGUUUAUAUUUAGUUAUGUUGCUUGGAUUGAAAGAUACAAAUGUGAUUAUAAAACUACAAGAUAGUUAUGGUCCUUGAUUCUGAUUGGCUCAUAGCCGUUGAAGAAUACGGCGUAAAAAAAACAUACAAAAAAAUGUAACUUACAAACACGCAUGUG